GCCGGGUCUUGCACUACUACGUGCUUCCAAAUCCGUGAUUUGUUUUUGUUUUUAUUUUGUGAAUCGGAGUGUAUGAAUGUGCAAACAUUUUAAAAAAUUAAGUGUUACCAUCUCCGUAGCGAUGAUUUUACUGGAGUCAACUUUUCUAAAACCUUAAGAGGGUUAAGAUAUUGUAGCAUCUCAUUUGAAAAUGCUUUAUGUCCUCGUAGUGUGUUUUCCUGUUGUGACUGAUAUUACUGUUGACCCGCGGGAUUCGUGUGACAGGGACCCACCUACGGUCAAUAUGUGACAACUGGUAAUGUUCGUGAUUUAGGUUUAGUCGAAUGUCAUGUCGGACUUGACGUAGGACUAGAAGGAUGAUCAACCCGUUCAUGGAAACUUCUCAUCACCCACACGGGCUGGCGGCGCCCAUGGGUCUGAAGAUGAGCCCCCCGCACCACGCCGCACCACCGGGUCCCGGGCAGAUGAUGGGUCCCGUGCAGGAACCUCAGCACCACUUCCACCAAGGGGGCAAUCCCGGGUACCACCAUCCCGUGGGGGGCCACCACCUCAACCACCACUCGGGAUACGCUACCAGGGAUUUCUUGCUCAGGAGGGAUCACCAGGAAUUCGCACCGCCCGCGCCCACGGGAGAGGUGCUGGGGUUCGGGUCGACUCUGCACCACCCGGACCCCGUGCACCACCAACACCACCCCGGCAUGCGGCUGGACGUGUACCAUCCGCGGCCCGAGGGUUACCAACCCCUGCAGGGCCCGUACGGCAACUACAUGGAGCAGCCGGGGGCGUUCUUCAGGUACGUGAAGCCCGUGAAGGACCUGAGGUGCCUGUGGGUGGACCGGCCGGGGCCGCGCAAGCCCUGUGGGAAGGCCUUCAACUCGAUGCACGAGAUAGUGACACACCUGACUGUGGAGCACGUCGGCGGGCCCGAGUGUACCACUCACGCGUGCUUCUGGCACGGCUGUUCGCGCAGUGGCCGUCCCUUCAAGGCCAAGUACAAGCUGGUCAACCACAUCCGCGUCCACACCGGCGAGAAACCCUUCCCCUGCCCGUUCCCCGGCUGCGGGAAGGUGUUCGCCCGUAGCGAGAACCUCAAGAUCCACAAGAGGACACAUACAGGCGAGAAGCCGUUCAAGUGCGAGUACGCGGGCUGUGAUCGCAGGUUUGCCAACAGCUCGGACCGCAAGAAACACUCACACGUCCACACCUCGGACAAGCCCUACAACUGUCGAGUGUCUGGCUGCGACAAAUCCUACACCCACCCCAGCUCGCUCCGGAAACACAUGAAGGUCCACGGGAACGGCAAGAGCCCGCCGCCCGGCUACGACAGUGAGGAGAGCAACAGUUCCUCUGCCGAGUCCAUCAGUGUGACAGAGCACACGACUACGGCGGCCUCCCCUCACCACGGCGGGGGCACCACUCUCUUGUCCGGCAAUCUGUCCGAGUGGUACGUGGCCAGUGGGGGCAUGCCCACUCCGCCCAGCAACGACCACUCUCCCGUCAACCACUUCAACCAUCACCACCACCCGCACCAUCACCACCACCAUCUCAACCACCAGGCCGCCUACUGAGAGCAACCCCCCACUUCGCACAUCCUCGGGUUGCCGUGGUUGCCGCUAUGACCUCGGCACCUCGGGCUCGGCCCCCUCGUCCCCGGGAGCUGCCUUCGUAAUCUAGUCAGGACUGCGUUCGUUCCGAGACUCGCCCGAGUGGUGCUGACCACCCUCGCUCAUUUUAUUUCGGAUCUUCAAAAACGUUUUAGUAUUAGUCACUUUUUUUCCCCGGACGAUAUGCAAAAGUGGUAUUUAUUUCAUUCAAAUGUCACAAACGGAAGGGAGCAGCACUGACAGCAGAGAAUUGCCAAAUUGCACCGCGUAUUCUUGUCCGAAGCGCCCAAGUUAGUGUCUAUCGAUACGGCUGUCGAGGUCUAAAAAGCUGGCUGGACCCAAUAGCCGAAGUGGGGGACUCUAAUAGUGUAGUUAUGUAUCGAAUUAAAUGUAUAUAUGUAAACUUAUCGAAUUUAAUGUCUAUUUGUGUGUGUAUAGAGUUUCAACGUCUGCUGCUUUUUGUGGUUUACUAGUCCAUUUUGUUUUGUGUACGUUUGAUCAGAAUCGUUUAAAAGUGUUCCUCUGUUAAACGGGUAGUCUGUUGCAAAACAGGUGUUUUAAUUGUGUGUUGUUCAAAAAUAAUAUUUCAGAGAAAAGCGAAAGGUAAAACCACAACUAUGUGAAACGAUGUUGUAUUAUGAACACAUUAUAGUCAAACCUUCCUUAAAAGCGAAAUAUUAAGAUUCAAAACUAUGUUUGGAAAAAUUUGUAAUAUUAUGUUAUAAUAAUGAACAAAGUAUAAUACUGUGGUAUUUGAAAAAGUACAAUUCCUAAUAAUAACAUAAUUGAACUCAUAACAUUAAAAUUUUUUUGUAGAUUAAAAUGUAAUUUUAAAAUUGGAGUGGUGAUUAAAAGUUCUAGUAUCCGUAACCUGCACUCACUUAGGGUGUCAGUUUCAAGUAAUAAUGUCUACUCAGUAUUAACCCAGGCCAUACUUGGAAGAUGUAUUAAUUAGUAGCAAAAGAUGAUUAUAAUGGCACAAUUUUCCAUACACUCCUGACAAAACUUGUUUAUACAACAAAUACAGCUCAGCAAUGACUGUCUGUCAUCGUUGCUCAUUCAGUGCUAAACUUACUGCUCCGAUGAUUGGUUUGAUCAAAAUUAACUUUAAUAGCGAUACAAUGUAAAUUGCUAGUUUGUAAUAUACAGUAAAUAGCUAGUUUGAGUAUUGUAGACUUAAAUGUGACGCUUCAAGUAUUCCUUCACACUAUUUAUAGGUUUCAAGACAUUGAUACAAAACUGAAGCAAAGUAGUUUAUUUUCCUAUGUUUGUUUUCACGGGUCUCACAAAUUACUAGUACAUACAGUAGUAUAGUGAUUCUCUGAGUUAAGAAUGUUAAGGUUAUUCAAGAACGUUUGUAAUGUUCUUCUAAUAUAUUCUACACUGGCCAGGCGACUUACUUUUUGUCUUUCUGUUGUUCCUGAGUGAGGUGUAUAAUGGAUGUUAACUUGUAAUGACUAUGAUAAAUUAAUACAAUAUUCUGUCUGUAAGAAUAUUCUUUCUUUUAGGGGUUCCUAGGGGUUGGUUUUGUUUUGUUCUAUUAGGAAAAGAAGCUUAUAAAUUGGUUAGGAGAUGGUUGGUUUGCUUAAAAGUGAGGCUCUCACUUAUCUCAACCUCCCACCGAUACUUCCGCUGGUCUAGGACACCCAAUCAGUGGAACUAAAAAAAAUUUCGAAACAGCUCUGAAGCUCAAUCAUGAAAACUUUGAGGAAAUAAGGCCUUAAUGAAAACAAGCUGAAAGCGAUAAGUAGGCUAAGUAAAGAGUACAGUUCAGUCAUUUUCACUUUAAGAAAAUAAUUGUCGAAAUUACUAUCGAAAAAAAGAUUUUGACGACCCAGUGAAUCUAUUUAUCGGAAGACAUACUCCAAAGCAGUGAAAAAACGGUGGUCUCAGACGAAGGAUAUACACACCGAAACUCAUAUCUAUAUUUCAUCUGAUAGAUCAUGACUAUGGAGAACUCAAUAGAAGACAAGUGUACCACAGUGUGAUGAAGAGAAAGAUUAGGAAGUCCUAGCUCCUUUUGUACAUUUCCUCUGACCAGCUCAGGAAACUUCCAGGCCACUCAUGGAAGGAACGAUUAAGUAUCUAUGAGAAUACCAAAACCCUGAACGAUGUGCUUUCUCUCAGUCAUACUGUCUCUAAUCUCAAGCAAGGAUUGUGUACAAAAUAACAACAGGAGCAACAGUAUACUGUACCUUUGUUAAUGAACACAGAAAUACCGUCAAUACAACAGGAUGAGUAAAUAUAUUGUUUAUUCUUCAUCAAUCGACACGCUACAAUUUCACGCUUUAAUCAAAUAUUUUCACCAUCUCAGAUCCAUCUCGCAACUGUUCUUCAUCAAAAGAUCUAUGUAAGGUAUUAAAAUACUCUAAACAUUGUUUGAAAACAGCUCAAUCAUUUAUGACAUUGUCAUAAACGCCUGGAACAAAUAGACAAUCCCUGAAACUUUUAGUGUAUUUCUAAAAUGUUACCAGUUUAGUCUUCAAGCCGUUUUCGACAUUCCUAAAAAUCCUUCUGCGCUGGUCCAGUUCCACUUUCUCAACUCUUCUCAGUCAAUUAAUUGCACUGUAAUCUAUAAUUCCAGCCCACUUAAAUGUUCUGCAAGCAAGGACGUAGCUAGCGGGGGAGACUAGGGGGUCCGGGGACCCUCCCAACUUUUGAAUUACGUUUUUAGUAAACGAUUAUUAUUAUUCAAAUAAUUCAGUAUUAAUGUUAUGUAAUGCUGAAAGAUCGUUCUCAACAAAGAAACGGGUCAAGAACUUUUAAAGGAAAUAAAUGGGGCCUUACUCUCACUCCACUAAGAGAAAAUAUCAGUUGUCUGGACCCCCCAUUUUUUCUGACUGUAAGUAGAAUGCACAAGAAGGGCAGCUAUAUUCUUUCUUUUAAUUUGUUUAUUAACAUAGAAGGAAUAGUCGUUGAGUUAAAAGCUUCAGUUGCACUGUUAAGGAAAAGGGGAAGAACAUAUCAGUACAGUAGAUAAUACAAAUAUGGCUGUAUUUGGCUACGGGAUGGGUAAUGAAGACGUCACAAAAACACUUCAGUUGAUUAACAAAAUGGAUACAGAUCUCAAGAGGAGGAUAGACCUUGUUUACCUGAAAGGUGCUGCCAUGUCAAAACUUAACUUGAUCGCAGUGAUUAAGGAUAAGGUCAAGGAUCCCCUAACCGCAAUGGUGUUCGACCAGAUUUUUAAAUAAUCCAUAACUAGUUGAAGAAAAUACUAUCUAGUAUUCCUAGAUUACUAAAGGCACCAACCAUCAAGAUGUUACAUCAUAAAGUCAUUUUACUAUCAACGUUUCUAGGAAAAUAUGGAAGACAUUGUAGUAUACUUGGAAAAGGAAUCAUGUAAAUGCAAAAAAAGGCUCUGCCUCCAUAUAUAUAUGAACCUCGACUUAGUCACUUUAAGGGACAACUUCUAGAUCAGAUCUUCUGAACUAAAAAAACCGAGAAAUAUACCUCUUUUAUUUAUUGUAUUUUUAUAAUAUUAUAAUUGUUUGUAAAUUAAAAAAUAUAUAUUUUUGUAGUUUUUAAUGAAACGUUAAUUAACAAAACCCUGGAUUGUAUACAGUUGCUGCUAGGUUUUCUCUUUAGAAUUAAGGGAACAAAUAUUUGUUCUUCUAAUGUGAAAUCUUUACAGUAAUUGUAGAUAAUUUUAAGUGUAGUCAACUUACUUUGUUACUGAAACUGAUGAGCUUUAAACGUACCUACAUUAUUGUAUUAUAUUAUGUAAGUUAUAUAUUUUUAAACAUCAUUUAAAUAUAAGAAACGAUUAUAAGCUUUAUGUACAGUAAUUUGUGACACCACAACUUUUACAAUUGUUGGAUAAUCUAACUACUAUCUACAAAUGUCGUGUUAACUGAAGCGGUGGAUGUAUUAAUGGUUUAGUUCUUACAAUGGAAUUUUAAUUCAAAAUAAUUAGCGAAUAACGGAAUUAGUGGAACACUUAAAUAAAAACUGAAGAUAUAGCAUUAGAAGAUAAUUAGUAGAGGAAAAUGUGUACUACUUAAAUGGGUCGGUUUUUGUCUAUUCCUAACCCAUUUUUUCAUUUUCUCUAAAAGGCUUUUUAAACAGUACUUCAUAGUGUAUGUAAAAAAUAUUUUGUAAUAUUUAAAAAAAUUAAGCUUUACUAAGAUUGUAACUGCAUCUCAGCUCAGUUUUAAAAUCUACAAUGCAAAUUCUGUCAUAAAUACUAAAAAAUAUUUGGCUUUUCAUUGCAGUACUUCAAAAAAUUAAAAAUUAAAUGGCGUAUCUAAAGAUAGUUUUUAUUGCAUUUUACAGUAGCCUCUUAAAUCUUAAAAUUGAUGGUUUCUUGAAGAGCGGUCCUAGAACUCAACAAUUUAUCACUCUGUUUAGAUUGGAAUGCACAAUUUUUUCAAAAAGACAAAUCAGUACUAAAUUAUGUAUACCAUUAAAUUGUAACCAGUUUUCAUAAAUGUCGGAAACUAUUUAUCAACUCGGAAUCUGGAUUUAAUAUUGUUCAGAAAAAACAUUUUUGUUUAAGCGUGUGGAAUAUAGUGAUUGAGUAUCUAUUACUUAAUGUGCCGAACAUACCACUAAUACAGCCACCGCAUAGCUUGUAUCAAUUGUCCGUGUUCUGCCAAUUUGCAAUAGACCACGCUAGGAAGCAGGGACUACUGACAGAAUUGUUGGGACUCACUCGUCCGUAUCGGUCAAUUAAUUCCAAUGUAGUAUGUAUAAAGAAGCUUUUAAGAAGAAGUAAAUUGCAUGUUACCAGUUAAAUUACCAUUUUUAAGCAUGUAGACCUUUUAUCGUAUAAAACUGUAAACUAGAUUAACUGUUUUAUUAAAUUAUAUUUAAGAUAUAUAUAUUGUGUUUGAAUGGCGAUAAUCUCGAAAACAAGUCAAAAAUACACAAUUUUCCUAUAGCUUAUAAUUGAAUAUAAGCUGAUAAAUAGUCUAGGAGUCGAGAAGCAACUUGUAGUACAUAAUCACACAACCUGAUUUUUCUCAAACUCGAUAAGGAAUUUCUUCCCAGAAAGAAAUCGAUCUUCAGCCGCUCUAUUUUUGGCAGAGGUCGAAAUGUGAGAGUAUAAAAUGAGUUAAAAAUUCUAAACAACAUUCUUUUCACACCAGAUUUUUUAAGUUACACAUCUCUAAGUGUUAACAAAACAAUACUUUUCCAAAUGGUUUAUUUUUUGGAAGAGGCCUUUCGAAGCCAAAGGUUUCAUCAUCAGGCGACUCCACAAAUAAAUAAUGGUAGAGUUGAAAAAACAUGCUGUAGCCAAGCACUGAAUUGAAUCAGGACACAGUACAUCAAUUAAAAAUCUAAAAGGAGUAACAAAACCA